GGCAAAAAAUCACCCACUUAAACUUUCCCUCUCUGAAUCUCACCUUUUUUCUGAUUUUGCUCCCUCCUAAUCAAAUUCAAACCAUUUCUCUUUUCCUCUUUUUUUGUGUUAAAAUUAAACUACCCCAACUUCCAUCACUUGAACAACAAUACACGUUUUUGUUUUUAUCAAUGGCGGACCGAAAUCAAUGGCAUGAUCCACUUCUUCUAACUGACGUUUCUCGCCAACAACGAAACUCUUCUAACGGAAUCACUGAAUUGCAUGAAAGCAUGGAAAUCAUUAGUCCGCAGCGAUUUACUGAUUUGAUUAAGGGUGAUACUAGUAAUGGUCGGUCGAUGUUGGGGUUUUCUCUAACCUCACCUGAUUUGGUUGUGUGUGCUGGUUCACCUGAUAUUCCUCAGCAGAAUUCGGUGGAGACGGAGAGGGCAGCCGCCAUUGUGCUGUCCCUAGAAGAAGGCAUAAAUGGAGUUGAGGCAGAAGCUUCUAGGAGUAGCCAGGAGUCUUCCAAAUUUUCAUCAUUUUGGCACCCAGCUGAAGAUACAAAUGCGUCUGAGGUAACUGGAGAUUUCAAGAAGUUGCAAGGAGAAUAUGAUUAUCAAAAGAAGCAACUACUUGAAGCAAGGAAAGCUGUAGAAGAGCUUAAGAAGGCGAAUGAGGAAAAGAGUAAUGAGUGUCAAGAAGCCUGGAAAUCCCUGCGUGAUCUCCAAAAUGAGCUCAUGCGCAAGUCAAUGCAUGUUGGUUCGUUAGCAUUCGCAGUUGAGGGACAAGUCAAAGAAAAGAGCAAAUGGCUCUCCUCCUUGAAUGGUUUAAAGAGAAAAUUGAAGGUUUUAAAAUUGGACCAAAUCAAACUAUCAGAGGAAGCAAUGAAGUACAGGGAUUGCUUUGGAGAUGUCGAUGAUAUGAAAUCUAUUUUUCAAGCCUUGGUAAAUCAACAAGCUUCCUAUCAUGAUGAGCUGAAGAGGAAAAUUAGUGAAGGGGACAAGAAGCGAAAAGAACUCUACAACAAAGUUCUAGAGUUAAAAGGUAAUAUUCGCGUUUUCUGUCGCUGCAGGCCUUUGAAUUCGGAGGAAACAGCCAUGGGAGCUAGAGCAGCAAUUGAUUUUGAAUCUGCUAGAGAUGGAGAACUGACCAUCAGGUCUAAUGGUUAUCCACGAAAGACGUUCAAGUUUGAUGCUGUUUUCAGUCCGCAAGCUGACCAAGCUGAUGUAUUUGAGGAUACUGCACCAUUCGCGACCUCUGUACUAGAUGGAUACAAUGUUUGCAUAUUUGCUUAUGGGCAGACCGGGACUGGGAAAACUUUCACAAUGGAAGGAACAGAGGAUGCUCGUGGUGUCAAUUACAGGACUCUUGCUGAGCUGUUCCAUAUUAUCAGUGAGAGGCAGAAGCUAUUUCGGUAUGAAAUAUGUGUGAGUGUCUUGGAAGUCUACAAUGAGCAAAUAAGAGAUUUGUUAGCCUGUGGGACUCAGCCUAGUGUAGCUUCCAAGAGGCUUGAGAUAAGGCAGGCGAGUGAAGGAAUGCUCCAUGUUCCUGGAUUGGUUGAAGCAUCUGUAAGCAGCAUCAGUGAGGUUUGGGAAGUUCUACAAGCUGGAAGUAAUGCCAGGGCAGUUGGUUCUACUAAUGCAAAUGAGCACAGUAGCCGAUCUCACUGCAUACACUGUGUAAUGGUGAAGGGGGAAAAUUUGCUGAAUGGGGAAUGCACUAGAAGCAAGUUGUGGUUGGUUGAUUUAGCAGGUAGUGAACGGAUAGCUAAGACAGAAGCCCAAGGUGAAAGACUGAAGGAAGCACAAAAUAUUAAUCGAUCUCUUUCAGCUCUUGGAGAUGUUGUAUCUGCUCUGGCAAACAAAAGUCCAUAUGUACCUUUCAGGAACUCUAAGCUCACCCACCUACUUCAGGAUUCCCUAGGAGGAGACUCAAAGGCGCUUAUGUUUUUACAAAUCAGUCCCAAUGAAAAUGACUUGAAUGAGACUAUUUGCUCUCUCAACUUUGCUAGCAGAGUGAAGGGAGUAGAGUUAGGUCCAGCAAAGAAGCAAUUGGACAAUACUGAAUUUCUGAGAUACAAGCAAUUGGUUGAGAAGACUAGACAAGAGGCAAAGUUAAAAGAUUUGCAAAUUAAGAAGAUGGAGGAAACAAUUCAUAAUCUGGAAACAAAGGUUAAAGAAAAAGACCAGAAAAAUAAGAACCUACAAGAGAAGCUUAAGGAACUUGAAGCCCAGCUUUUGGUAGAGAGAAAGUUGGCACGGCAGCAUGUAGACACUAAAAUAGCGGAGCAGCAGCAACAACAAAUGCGGCAACAGUUCGAAGACCUAAACGAUACACCUAUGAGGCCACCUCUGGUAGCUAAACCACUGGCACUUAUGAAGAACACCAGUGACCAUACAAGCGAUACAUCAAAUCUGUCACAUUUUCCUUCUGAUCACAAGCACCACAAAACUCCAUCAUCUUGUCUUCUGCCAGAGAGCUUUCUCAGGUGUAAUGGUCCCCUGGAGAAAGAAAAUGAUCCUGGAACAGGUGAGCUAUUUCAGCUGCCAAAGAGAACAGGCCGAGCUUCUCUUUGUCCAUCAGCACAAAGAAUUCCUAUAUCAACUAAUCCAAGGCGAAAUUCUCUAAUACCAUUACCAAGCACACUAAUGACAGCCCACCAUCCUUCGAUAAUGCUGCCACUCUUACCUGCUUUUGAAGUCGAUAAAGAUGAGGUAGAGAAAUACUGUUCGCCAGAGGCAGUUAUGUACAGCCCCAUAGCUUCAAAGAAUGGUGCUAAGAAGUUAAAUAGUGUAUUGAGGCGAAGUCUUCACAAAAAGAUGAAAUCUCCCCUGCAGCAACACCUUAAGAAAGGAGGCGUGAAUGUAGGAGUCGAGAAGGUUAGAGUUUCAAUUGGAAGCCGAGGGAGAGCGGGACAGAGGGUGUUGUUGGGCAAUGGUAGAAGAGUGGCUACCAAGGAAGCUAAGAAGCAGAGCCAAAGGGAGAAGAAGGAAAGGGGAUGGAACUUCUAGUCUUCUGCUCAUAAAUUUCUAGAUGAUGCUUGUCAUCUGAGUUUGACUCUUGUCCACUUGUAACAGAAUCGUUUGUGAAUAUAACAUGAUAUUCAAUUUAAUUCAUUUCAUUGCAAGCUUUAA